ACUGGCUGUAAAUGAACGUCAAAAGCGGCUGUCAGGCCCGCCGGAGGAAUCUUUCAUGACUUUUGGGCCCGAGGAGUGGUGGCUGGUGCGCUUUUGACAUGGCGGUGGUCAAUGAGGCUUGCCUGACUCACUGGAACUGUGUGGAGGAAUAAAAAGAAAGAAUAGAGGCUAACAAGUGCCCGUGGACUGACUCACAGCCACGGCAGGUUUUCAUUUUUGAGACUUAUUUGGUGACGAGUGUUCCAAAGUUCGCGGGCCAUCUAUCUCCUCACCUGGCAGCGAGGUGAGUGACAGCCCGCACAUCCGCCAGCACAUCAUUAUUUUCCCUCCUCAACAAGAAUUGGCCCUUCAUCACUCAAAAGAAAAAAAAAAUCUCAGAUGAAUUUUUAUUGAGACGUUUGUUUUUAAUCUCGGCAAUCGAUGUGACAUCGUCGAAUAAAGUCGAUGAGAUUAGCAUCCUGUUUACGCACGUUGGAGUUUGGGUUGGAGGAAGCCGGUAAUGUCUGAUUUGAGUGGCAUAAUUGAUCAAGUGACGGCCCACUUUUGAUUUGACUUUCAUUUGAUGCGCAUGUCUGUGCAGAGUCAUCCUUCACUGCCUCUUCCCAGUCACUCCCUCCUUCUUUUCACUUACUCUAUAGAUUUUCCUCACAUGAUAAAUUGGACUCAGGGAGUCACUGAGGUGUGACCCGAUGCCAAAGGACCAGCACAGAUUUUUUUUGUGUGUGUGUGUUUUAAUGUUCCUAAUUGGGCUAACGGUUUGCUAGUGACCAAUCUUGUAAAUAAUUCACACGCAGAAAAACAAAACAAACAUAUCAUCACAUCAUGUCAUUGACUUCCUUUGUUGGUCCCUUUUAGGUUAGCUAUUUCAACCAGUUUGGGUUACUACUUUAAGCCAGUGCUUCUCAAUUAUUUUGUUUUUUUUAAUCACCCAACUUCAAAUUUUGUGUUGCCUUGAACUUUUUUUCAAUGUAAUCUGUUUUGAGACACAUUUGAACUCCAAUGUUCUGAGGAGUUCCAUUGCUCUGAUGCUUUUUGUGUUUUAUUCAUGGAAAUUGUGUUUACACAGUCUGCGCGUGUGCACUGUGGGACAUUCUAAUCACGCCUCGGUGAUGUUUUUGUUGUUGUUGUUGACUUCCCGCGGUGUGAUUGAAGAAAAACAUGUAUUCUCUGCUCCCAUCCAUCACCUCCUCCCGCCCCCCUUCCUUUGCCCACCAGAGCAAGCAGGCAUUUGAAUUCUCUCUCUGUGCACAGUGGGUAGAAACCAGCACCGUAACAUAUGUUGAGUAGAUUGAAUCCUUUCAUACAACGUUCUUCUUGUGUUUUUUUACACCCUCCCACCUAUUAUUAUUAUUGUUUUUAUUGAGGUAGGGGAGGAGAUGCGCCAUUCGGACGGAUGCCGCAGAAGCGCGUAAAAAGCUGCGGAUGCUUCCCCAGCGCGCGUCCAAGGGACAAUCGUAAAAGUUUCCGAAGUACGCCUUGUCUGCGCUUCUUCUCCCUCCGGCUCCGGUACCACCCGCAAGCAGGCUGGAAGACCACCAGGCUCGCAGGACUCAGCCGCUCCGCAGGGCGCACAUGAUCGCGACCGGUGUGUGCGGCGUGGCGCUGGUUUUGGUUCUGGUGGUGCUCAUCCCGGCCAUGGUCAACUCCGCCGGAACCACAGCCCGCUACGAGAUGCUCGGCGCCUGCCAAAUGGUGUGCGACCCCCACGGGACCACCACGGUGCCAGCGAAGGCGGCCAGUGAACCGGUCAAAGACAACCGCCUGGUGCAAUCGCUGCCCACCUUCAUUCAGGGUCCGCAAGGCGAGCCGGGACGCGCGGGGAGGACGGGUCCGAGGGGCCCCGUGGGGGAGCCCGGACCGCCCGGACCCGCCGGCCCGCCUGGGGAACGAGGGGCGCCCGGUCCUCCGGGUCCAUCGGGAGCGAGCGGACCCACGGGGGCCAUUAGCGCGGCCACGUACAGCACGGUGCCAAAGAUCGCCUUCUAUGCAGGACUCAAGAAGCAACACGAGGGCUAUGAGGUGCUCAAGUUCGACGACGUGGUCACCAACCUGGGCAACCACUAUGAUCCGGCUACCGGCAAGUUCACGUGCUCCAUACCGGGGAUUUACUACUUCACGUAUCACGUGCUGAUGCGUGGUGGCGACGGAACCAGCAUGUGGGCAGACCUCUGCAAGAAUAACCAGGUGCGAGCCAGUGCCAUUGCGCAGGACGCCGACCAGAACUACGACUACGCCAGCAACAGCGUGGUGCUGCACCUGGAGCCCGGCGACGAGAUCUACAUCAAGCUGGACGGUGGCAAGGCGCACGGCGGCAACAACAACAAGUACAGCACCUUUUCGGGCUUCAUGUUGUACGCCGACUGA